CAAGUCUACAGAUUUCGUCUUUCCUUCCAACACCCACCUCCGGCCCCCAAAGACUCAAUAACUGGAACCUAUCUCAACAAAUGUCGGGUGAAGGCAAAAGUGGAAAGUCAAGAGGAAAAACUGGAAAUGUUCUUAUCCCUCCAGAUGUCAAGAGAGUGAGGGUGACGCGAUCUCAACGUGCUGGGCUCCAGUUUCCAGUUUCGAGGUUCCACCGCAAAUUGCGGCACAACGACGGUAGGAAGAAGGUUGCUGUUAGCGCUCCAGUAUACCUUGCCGCUGUCAUUGAAUAUCUCGUGGCGGAAAUUGUUGAACUCGCCGGCAAUGCAGCCAAGGACAACAAGAAGCGUCGUAUUCUCCCUCAACACCUGCAACUCGCCGUCCGGAAUGACGACGAAUUCUGCCGACUCCUCGGUAAUGUUAUCAUCGCCGAAGGAGGUGUCAUACCGCACAUCCUUCCACAGCUUCAGACGAGGAAACCUAAGAUACCCAAGACGCAGGAAGUUUGACUUGGUUUGAUCUGUUAUUAAGCGGCAUUGGCUACUUGCAGUAAUAUAAUCGACCAUCUAAUGUACUUUUAUUCCAUACUUUACUUCUAUUCGAU